CUCCCUCCCUUCCUUAUCGUUCUCAUUUCUGGAGUAUCAGGACCCAUCGCAUCGCCUAUCUCCGUGGAUUAUCGCAAUUUGCCACCCCGUUCUCGGUAUUGCGCAAAAGUUAUGCUAUUAUGCUAAUCUUAUGCCCUGCUAGUGCCAUCUGUCUCGAGCGUCUGAAAGUAGACGAAAACGAGAAGUUUCCUACCACCACCACCAACAACCUCCCGCCAACACAACCGAAACCCGCAUGGAUUCCCCAGCGAGGCUACCACAGCGGCAGUGGAGUGCUGGCACCGACCAACGCAGUAGACUCCGAUCUCGAACGGGGAUUAGGAUUGGAAUCCGGAUUGGGCGAUUGGCGCCGCGGGUCGGUGCCGCUAUCGCUUUCCUCGUCUUCUUGCUCCACGGAGCUAGACGCGGAGCAGCAGCAGCAGCAGCAGCAGCAUGCACCGACCGAAAAACAGCCACCGCAACCGCAUCCACAACAGGAUGAGGUGGUGGUGCUGAAUCGCUGUAACCACGUCUUCCAUGCCGCGUGCUUGGUUCUGUGGGUCGAGCAGCAUCGGUAUCGGUGUCCGAUCUGUCAGGCGUCGUUGAAGCAUAGUUCCAGUUGAAUCAUGGUGACUGGCUUUGCUGUGCGUGUGGUGGUAUGAUGCGCUUGCUUGCCGAUUAUCCGUCUUUCUUUUUUUUUCUGUGCUAUUUUGGUGCCGCCGAGUCUGUCGCCAAGAAUGCGUGCAGAUGUUCUAGUUAUCGGUUGGUAUCACGGUUAGGGUGGGUAAGGGUGUCUCCUGGCGUCUUGGGGUGUGGUUGGCUGGCGCGUUGUCUGGAACAUGGUGGUUUUGGUCUUGGUCUUGGUCUUGGGGGUUGGCGUUUGCGUUUGCGUUAGCGAUUCCUGCUAUGAAGUAACGUGUGUUGUACCGCCCCCCCCUGUGUAA